UGCGUCGGUUCUGCUCUCAGCAGCUGCAGCAGCAUCCGUCCAUCAGCGCAAUGACGCCGCGCGCAUCACUGGCCCGACUCGAGCACAGGGCAACGCCAACAUCCAUGAACAAACUUCACUGGGAUACUACUGGGAAGAGCAGAGGAUAGAGAUCUGUCCUGAGAAAUCCUUGUAAUUGUGCUGUUACAAGGUCAAUGUCCCUCUCAGAGAACCGAGUGCCAUCUGCUGGCUCCCGCAGAAGGCCUGCUGCCCCAGGCACUCAACACUCGCAUGGAGACUCGUCUGUCCGUAGCAGUUACUCAGCAGCGUCCUGCAAGUGUACAGAGAGCAAUACUGUAUCACGCUCCAACCCAGCCACACCACGACGGCAGGGAAGGUAUGCAACCUGUAAUGAGAAUCACGGGAUCCGUCCGCCUGCUCCGGAGCAGUAUCUCACCCCACUGCAGCAGAAGGAAGUGUGUAUUCGCCACUUAAGAUCUCGACUGAAAGAAAAGGUGGAGAGGCUUCAGGACCGAGACUCGGAGAUCGAGGAGUUGCGGAUGCAGCUGACUCGGAUGCAGGAGGAUUGGAUCGAGGAGGAAUGUCAUCGCAUAGAGGCCCAGCUGGCCCUAAAAGAGGCCCGGAAGGAGAUCCAGCAGCUUCAGCAGGCUGUGGAAACCGUUAGGUCCAAUCUGGGGCCCCAUGAGGCAGAUCAACAGGACUGUAAGUCUGAAAGUCUAGGCGUUGGUAGGAUAGGCCCACGAAUUGGGGCAUCCAGGUCUUGUGGCUGCUCUCCGGCCCACACCAUGAGACGCAGCGCCACCUUCACCAGGCUGAACAGUGACAUGUCACCUGGUGCUACAGAUCGCAAUGGAAACGUACGUUCUGAUCGCUACAUUCCUGCCAACAGAGGGGCGAUGACAUUACCAAGAGGGGACGGACGUACUCAUCUACUUCUAGAAGCAGCUCUACUGUCUGAGCAAGCUCCUCACCCGACACUAUGCUCCACUAUGUCGCGUUCCUCCACCUGCGAGAGAUUGUGCGGCGGAGAGAUGAAGUUGCCCGUAAGCCGAUCCUGCCAUGCUGUUAACAACAACUGCAGCUGUGCUCCACAUGCCUACCUCCCACACCACCAUUUGUUUCUGCACCUCCCACAGGAGGAAGCACCACCUCCACCACCGCCCCCUAGUGCAUCAGCGGUCAGUGACAGGCCAGGAUACCGUUCACAGGCCUGCAGCCCCACCAUAACCUGGAUCUCUGAAGAGGGCGCAGGUGAGGAAUUGAGCAUCAUCACUUCAGCGGCUUGUGUGCCAGACAUUACUUUAUCUGAACCACAGGUGUUUUCGCCAUCCUCUGCAACUGCUUCCCCUGCCCAGAUGUCAUACAUCACAGAAACUUCACCGCUAGACAACACAGUUGAAUUUACAUCAUCAACAACGACGCAAACAGUGUUGACGAUGCCACAGGUUCAACAACCUUGUCGUAGAGCGUCACCACCUCUCGAGCCGCCACCACAGGAAGCAGUGGUAGUAAUGGUCAGUGGUGAAGCUGGAAUGGGGGAGGACACAGAAUCAGCUCCCCCUCAGAGGAGCCACUGGAGCCGUUAUUUCCUGAUUGACUUCUUAGCGGUGACCGUUCCUGUAGUUCCCACACUGGCGUGGCUUUGCCGGGGGGCGCGGAAUGAAGGCAUGCCAGUGUACAACAUGUGUUCCCUGUUGCGCGGCUGCUGUGCCAUUGCGCUGCACUCUCUAAGACGGGUUGGUAGAGGCCGUGGCCCCUCAGGAACAGGAAGAGCGACACCUAUCUGAUAACUUUAGGAUUAGCGUACCAUCAAAGACUUUUAACUGGAUCUUGAGUGGAAGUUUGUUUUCUGAACCAAGGAGGACUAUAUCCAUCACACCAAUGCUUGUUUGGGAUAAAGAUCGAGGGAAUGUGGCCCUAAUUUGCACAGUCACUCACAAGGUUCAAGGUUGUUGCUCAUUUCCACCAUUUGUUUUUCUUUUCCUUCUGGUUCUCUUAUCUGCUUUAUUUCCUCCCAUUCCUGGACGAAACUCAGCAGGCAGUACACGUCACAAAUUGCUGCAAACAAGAGACAAGCUGAGCAGAGAA